AUGAUUCAGACAUUAUUAUUUUAUUUUUUAUAUUUAUCUGCGACAGUGACAGUUUUGCAGGGGACAUCUAUUUAUUCUAGAUAUAUGUACAGAAACCGACACACAGGGAACUGCAGGGAGGAAAACUGUGAUUUGGCUCACUUCAGUUACAACAGAGACAGCUGUCAAGGUCCAAAUUUUUGGGAUCGGGUCACACCAUGCUGGGGCAACUGUUCUUCUCUUCUUCAGUCACCAAUAAAUAUCAACACAGAGAAAACAACUUAUCGGCCUUUCAGAGGACUUAAGUUCUUAGACCUUUGUGAGCACAUCACUGCCAUAAUUAGGAAUAAUGGACACUCGCCACACUUUAUGGCUGAUAAUCCGACAAAGGUCAAACUGGGGAAUGUCCCGUACAGCGGAAAUAAAGGUUAUGUCUUCCAGGAAGUUCAUAUACACCUGGGACAGAGGGAGACUCGGGGGUCAGAACAUUCACUGAACAACAGGUUUUACCCUAUGGAGGCCCACAUGGUCUUUUACGACGAUCGCUAUGAGAAUAUUGAGGAGGCACAGACCAAACCCGGGGGAUUGGCAGUCAUUGCAAUCAUGGUGGAGAUUGAAGAGAAAUCAAAGUUUACAAGUCCGAAAAUGGAUUUCUAUAGAAACUCUUACUUUCCAUUCGGACGUCGAUUUCACAGACAAAAAAGACGAGCCCCAUGGCGAGGGACUUCCUGUUCAGACACUAGCGUCUGCAGGACAAAGAGUGCCAAGCGUCUAAGUUACUUAAUGGAGAAAUACUACACAAUUAUUAGAAAUCACAAACCAGAGAGAAACGCAGAAAGAAUAGAAAAUACCUAUGUAGAAGUUCGAGAACAGAUAUCGUUAAGUGACGUUCUGCCCUAUGACUGGAGUUUCUAUACAUACCACGGUUCAUUGACUACACCACCUUGUUAUGAAACGGUUCAGUGGAUCGUAAUGAGAUGUCCCAUUAAAGUGUCCAGACAGGCCUACGAAGCACUAGGUAAUGUCUCGGAUAUCCAUGGCAACAGACUUAAAACUAUGGGAAUUCGGAGGCUUAUACAGAGAGGAAUCAUAGACCAUCCCAGUGUAGAAGUAGAACGUAACUUCCGGUGUGGCUCUCUGGGUAACAGACGAGAUCUCUGUCCAAUCAAUUAUGAUGCUUACUAGAGCCAUACCUCAUCUUAAUAGCUUGUG